UGUGUAGUUGAGUUUAUCCUUUCUCAUUACAGUUAAGCUCGUUGCACACUCCAGCCUAUACACCAUGAUGCAGCACACACUGUCCUUGUUGCUUAUACCCUCGCUCUUUCUUGGCAUCAAUCAGGCCACUUCGAGCAUUGACAAUGCCGGAUUCAUCUACAGUGGGUUCAAUGGUGCUAACCUCACCCUUGAUGGCAUGGCGACCAUCACAUCCAGUGGCCUCCUCCAACUGAGUAGUGGCAAUGGGGAACACAAAGGUCAUGCGUUCCACCCUGAGCUGCUGAGGUUCCACAAGGCUCCCCGUGGCAAGGUGCAGUCUUUCUCUGUUUCUUUUGUGUUUGCCAUUCUCUCCAUCGCUCCGAACUUAAGCUCCCAUGGCAUGGCCUUCCUCAUUUCCCCAAGCACAAACCUCUCUUCCUCGGGUACAAGGGGAUUCCUAGGGCUCUUCAAUAGACAGAAUAGUGGCAAUGCAAGCAAUCAUAUCUUUGCUGUUGAGCUCGACACAAUCCAGAAUACUGAGUUCCAGGACAUCAGUGAUAAUCACAUUGGUGUCGAUGUUAAUGACAUCCGCUCGGUGCGAUCCAACUACACCGGGUACUAUGAUGACAGCCAAGGCAGAUAUCAAAACCUGACACUCAAUAGCCAUGAGCCAAUGCAAGUGUGGGUAGACUAUGAUGAAGUGACUACUAAGAUUAGUGUGACUAUUGCUCCUCUCAAGAUGUCCAAACCCAUGAGACCACUUAUCUUAACAACCUACAACCUAUCAACAGUGCUCACAGACCAAGCAUAUGUUGGCUUCUCAUCGACAACGGGGAGUAUUGAUUCACAGCACUAUGUGCUCGGAUGGAGCUUUGCUAUGAAUCAAUCUGCUCCUGGUAUUGAUGUUGACAAGCUACCUAAGCUGCCCCAUGAAGGUUCAAAGAAUUCUUCUAAGGUCAUGGAAAUCGUCAUGCCAAUAGCAACUGCAAUAUUCAUUCUUGUGGUAGCUGUUGUCAUCUUCCAAUUUAUGUGGAGACGGUUAAAGUAUGCUGAGCUUCGAGAGGACUGGGAAGUCGAGUUUGGGCCGCAUCGUCUCUCAUACAAGGACUUGUUCAGUGCAACACAAGGUUUCAAGAGCAAGCACCUGCUUGGUGUAGGGGGAUUUGGGAGUGUGUACAGAGGGGUUCUUCCAAUGUCCAAACUAGAGGUCGCAGUUAAGAAGGUGUCCCAUGAGUCAAGACAAGGUAUCAAGGAGUUUAUAGCCGAGGUUGUGAGUAUUGGCCGUAUGAGGCAUCGCAAUCUAGUGCCGCUACUUGGCUAUUGUCGAAGAAGAGGUGAACUCCUUUUGGUUUAUGAAUUUAUGCCAAAUGGAAGCCUUGACAAGUAUUUGUAUGUUGAAGAUGACAAGCCAUCUUUAAAUUGGGUGCAAAGGUUUCAUAUCAUCAAAGGCAUUGCUUCAGGAUUGCUUUACCUUCAUGAGGAGUGGGACCAAGUUGUGAUCCAUCGAGAUAUUAAAGCAAGCAAUGUCCUCCUUGAUAAUGAGAUGAAUGCACGACUUGGUGACUUUGGUCUAGCAAAGUUGUAUGAUCAUGGUAUCGAUGCACAAACCACACAUGUUGUUGGCACCAUGGGCUACAUAGCACCUGAGUUGGCACGUACAGGAAAGGCAUCCCCUAUCACCGAUGUGUUUGCAUUUGGAGUGUUUCUUCUUGAGGUCACUUGUGGGCGAAGACCUGUUGAACACAAUAGAGAGAACAACACAGUAUCGAUGUUGGUCGAUUGGGUACUAGAGAAAUGGCACAAAGGACUGCUAACAAAAGUUGUAGACCCAAGGAUACAAGAUGAGUUUGACAUUAACCAGACUAUCUUGGUGCUAAAGUUAGGGUUGCUAUGUUCCCAUCCGGUUCCUGAUUCUAGGCCUACCAUGCGUCAAGUCAUGCAAUACCUUGAUGGAGACAUGAUGUUGCCAGAGCAAAUGCCAGAAAGCUUGACCCUCGGUAUGCAAUUCAUGAUGCAAAGUGAAGGGUUUGAUUCAUACAUCAUGUCACAAGCAACGACAAUGGUUAGUCAUGGCACACUAACCGACAUCUCGGGUGGGAGAUGAAGCGGUGGUAAUAAGAUACAAGUAGAUUGGCACUACUAAUUAUUGUACUUGUACUUGUGUAUGCUAUGGAGACAUGAGGUUUUGGGCUUUUGGAAUAAAAAAAAUCUUUUAAAA